AUGAGCCAUGUAACUGAAACGGAUAUAUUUCUUUCACAGAGUUAUAAACAUUUGCAUGAACUAAAUCAUAGUAUAUCGAAUAUUGGCUGUGAUAAUUACGACAACAAUAAUAACGAAUUAUUUACUUCAACUUCAGUACAGAAUAGAAUUAAUCAAAAUGUGAUAACUAGCCAAUUGUUAUUGCAUCAAGGUGCUUUACUUGACCUUUCAGCUUCAAUGAAUUCACCAUAUACAACAUCCGGUACAUAUCGAUUACCAAAAUCAGAUUAUUGUACUUCUCAUCAAUAUGAUAUACCUAUAACUAGCAUGAAUAAUAAUACAAAGUCAAUGAACGACAAAGGAGUUACACAUUUAACUAUCAAAAAUGAACAGAAUACUCAUGAUAAACCACUUAGCCUAGACAAUUAUCCGGAAUCCUUACAGAACCUGAAUAAAGAAGGCAGUAUUGACUUUUUAAAUGAUCCUGACGAUAAUGAUGUCGAUGAUCUGGAUAACGAAUUAGCUGAACCGGAAUCGGAAGAGGAGAAAAUAUUCGUUAUAACAGAAAAUCAGAUAGAUCAUUUACAUAAAAUUCAUUUUAAAAAUUCUCCAUCAUCAACAAAUAAAUCUACAACAGUUAAACCUCCAUACUCUUAUAUUGCACUGAUUACUAUGGCAAUACUACAUUCACCGAAACGAAGACUAACAUUAUCCGGUAUAUGUGAAUUUAUCAUGUCUAAUUUCCCAUAUUACCGAGAACGAUUUCCAGCAUGGCAAAAUUCAAUCAGACAUAAUUUAUCUCUAAACGACUGUUUUGUUAAAGUGUCACGCGAGCCCGGUAAUCCUGGUAAAGGGAAUUAUUGGACAUUAGAUCCACAGUCGGAAGAUAUGUUUGAUAAUGGCAGUUUCUUAAGGCGUCGUAAACGUUAUAAACGUUCACCGACAAGAGUGGAUUCUAGGAGAAUUGAUGAACAGGAUUACCGUCACCAGUGUCUUGACCAACAACACCAACAAGAACGCAGUCAUUACGAUUCCCAUCAAUUCGAUCUACUGUCUAACGAAAUACAAAGUGGAGAUAAGAAAAGUUUUUGUUAUGCAACAAGGCUGAAAUCAUUACCACAAAAUGAAUUGAUCACAACAACAGCUAUGGAAAAAGAAAAUAAUUUGGACUUUAUAAUUUCUAACUCUACAACAUCACCUAUCUGUAAACCAUUGAUUAGUCCAAUAACCAGUUAUUCAAUAGUUCCACCACCAAGCUUCUUACUUUCCAACUUAAAUGAAAAUGACCGGAAAAAGUCUAAGGAUACAAUUUUAAAUUCCUUAAUUUCGUGCGACCAGUAUCACAACAGUAAUAAUCAAUAUUUUCACCAAUUACAACAGAAUGGGUCAUUUUUAAAUUUUUUUCAUCUUCCUUCACUUUCUCAAGUGUUCAUAAAUCAAUAUCAGGAGGCACAUGAUACCAUUGAACCGAGCAGUACCAUAAGUACUGUUGAUUUUCGAUCGGCGACAAAAAUUUCAACAAAUCCUAAUUUGGACAAAUUUUCAAUUGAUUAUUUACUGAAUACAAAACGAAAAGAAUUCGAUUCUAACUUGCAAAGAAUCCACAAAACCUAA